GAGAUACGGAGCACCCAUUUUUCAUUUGGCCCGACCACGAGAAGAUGACUAGGAUGACCAAGCAGGACGCCAACGACCUCCUCAGACGCGCAACGUUUGGCGACGUCGAGCACCAGCUGCCAGCGGCGGCCUCUGCGAUCGACGAGCUCGUGGCCGUCGCCGCCCCGGCGCCCGUGGACCAGACCGCGAUCGACGACGGCGCCGCGGCUGUGCAAGAGCACGAGACGGCAGCUGCGCUCAUGGCCCACGUGCACGAAGUGCAACCUGCUGUCGGUAUCUCGGUCAACGCUGCGGACGAUUUGGAAGUGAAGGCGCCCCGUGUCGACGUUGUCCGCUCGCAUGUGCUCCACCUGCCCGAGGUCCUCCUCCAGCACAUCCUCACGAUCAUCGCCUGGGAAGACGUCGCUGCGUUCGUCGAAGCGGUGCCGACGGCGUCCCAGCCGGCGGCGCUCCAACGCCUCACCAUGCUUGCUGGCGUCGUCGACUUGCACGACCACUGGCCGCGCAUCAAUCUCUUCAAGAUACCGGACAAGCACUUGCGCCUGGCUCUGACGGCGCUUCCAGCCUUCUCCUCCAUCAAGGUCGACGCCGUCUCGGUGUGGCAGGCGGUCGAGCGGCUUGCAGUGACGCGGCGCGAGCUCAUCGACGCGCUGGGUCUGGGGCGGCAGCUCGAGCUGACGUGGGCCGACUACAGUGGAGCCGCGCCACACGUCGCCCUUUCGGACAUUGUCAGCGCGUGGAGCGACAGAGUCACGGCUGUCGAGGUGUUCAUGUUCGAUCCGCCGACAGACACGACGGUCCGCGAUGCCCUCGCGCGCUGUGUGAACGUCCAGCGCGCUGGUUUUUACUGCCGUGAGGACUCCACGACGAUUAACGCGUGCGUCGAUGCAGUCAUGACGCCAGCGCACAUACAUCUCGAGUCGCUCAAAGUGUGCACUCGAGGAGCCUACAACGCCGACUGUAUCGUCGCGUGGCUUCAGACGCCGUAUGCCAAGGCGCUUGAUCUCUCCUGCUCGACGGUGCACUGCAAUGGCUGCUUGGCAAAAGCCAUUGCCACGUCGCCUGGGCUCACGUCGCCUGGGCUCACGUCGCUCAAGAUACAAGGCGACGACGAGUUGCUGCGUGCGCUGGCCAAGUAUGACUUGCACCGGCUGACGCGUGUCCAAAUCGAAAUGACGCCAUGCGCACUCGAUGUCCUUCGUCGGCUCGAUGCCACCAAGGUCACAUCGCUCAAUGUGGGCGGCGGGCACGGGCAAUACGCCGACGCUUUCGGCGACGUCCUUGCCGGCUUCUCAGCUCUCGAGCGUUUGACGCUCGCGGACCCCUUACCGUCCAACUUUGGCGCUGGCACGUGCCAUCGCUUGGUCGCAUACCAUGGCCUCGUCCAUGACGAGACGGUAAUGCAGCAGUUUGCCCAGUGGCUCGGAACCGCACGCGCCUUGAAGCGGCUGUGCCUUUCGAACAGCCUCCGUGUUCCUCUGAACGCUCUCGGAAGCAUUCUGCCACAGCUCAUGCAGCGUGGACUCGAGUACUGCGAGUUCUCUGCGCACGCGGCCAGCCCAGCCAUCGCCGAAUUGCUGGCCAACGCGCUCAUGUACCGCCGCCGCCACGCGCGCCGUCUCACGAUCCACCUUCAGACGCUUUCGCUCGACGCUCUCGAGGUGCUUUUGUCGGCGCUGGCGACGUGCAGAAACGUCACGCUGCACGUAAUGUGGAAGGCCAACGAUAUCGCCGCGGCCAACGCCCUCGUGGCGCUGCAUCGUCUGCGCGUCGUGCUGAAGUACUAUUCUGGCGGUGGUAUGUUUGCGUCCCCCGUCUAAGCCACUGCGUUUGCAACAGGUCCUAUGCGGGGUGAGCGGGUAAGAACGUUUGAAUGCGAAGCAAAUAAGUUUAACG